AUGGCCGGGCACUCUCAUAGGUCGUCGAUGAAAAAUGGUCAUAAACCAUUUAAAUCUAAACACUCGAGCAAGGGUGCUCAAAAGAAAAUGUUUAAGGGACGGGUAGAGAAAGAACAAAAGAAUGGUAGAACUGUCAAAGUAAUAUCGAAGUUACAGCGGAAGAACGGUGCCAAACAGCUAAGACAACAAAAAAUGGCAGACACACUGGAGGCUAGAAAGCUUUUUGAUGGUUCAAGUGGCGCUCAAAAGAUCGUUACAGUAGUUCCCUUAACGACAGAUGUCGAUGUGGAAGAUGUGAUUAAGAGAUUGAUCGCACCUGAUUAUUUGCUAGAAGAUGACUUGAUGUCUUGGAAUAUACCAAUGCCAAGUAUAAUGAACUUACAAAUUAAGAAAUUUAGAAGUAAACUGAAGGUUAUAGUACCAGACAUGUCCAAUCUUAUAAAUAUACUGGAUAGCACGAAGGUAGCAGACUUUGUCGUCUUUGCCCUCAGUGGUACCUCAGAAGUUGAUCCUGAAUUUGGGGAACAGAUAAUAAGAGCAGUGGAGCUACAAGGAAUUGCGUCUUGUUUUGGUGUCGUCGCAAAUUUAUCCCAAGCUCAUCCUAAAGAGAAGUUCCAGUUAGAUCUCAAGCAAUCUUUGGUAAGCUACUUUAAACAUUUUUUUCCCAACGAAGAGAAUAUCUUCAACCUUGAAAAACCUUCAGAAGCACUAAAUGCUUUAAGAACUUUAUGCCAAAAAUUCCCGCGUCAAGUUAAGUGGCGGGAUAAUAGAGGGUACUUAGUCGCAGAGAGUGUUGACUUCAUUGACGGCGGCGAGGAAGAAGGCGUUUUAGCGGUUGAGGGAACUGUCAGAGGUGUCGGAUUAGAGGCAAACCGCUUGGUACAUGUACCUGGACUUGGUGAUUUUCAAGUUGCUCAGAUCGAGAGAAUCAGUUCUUCUGGAAGAAAGACCCAGAAGAAGACUGAUAGCGAUGACCUUGACCUGGACUUGAACAAUGUAUUUUAUCCAGAUCAAAAUCAAGACUCAUUAGAAGAGUUUGCCCCUCAAGAAUUGGAGAUGGCCGAUGCGUAUGAUGAAAAUGACGACUUUAAGUACGACGACUUAACUGCUGCCCGUUAUGAUGACCACGGAUUUUUACCUGGUAGAGAACAACCUCAGAGAAAUGUUAACAUUCCCAAGGGAACAUCUGAUUAUCAAGCCAGAUGGUACCUCGAUGAUGUGGUCGAAGGCAGUGAGGAAGAAGCUGAUAACGAAAUGCAAAAUUUGAAGGGCGCACACAUGCAGAUAGACGGGGAGUUUUCCAUGGAUGUUGAUGCAGUUUCAUCUCCGCAGAUUGAGGAUGAUGCCCAAACCGACGGUCCCGAUGACAUGUUUGUGGAUCUGUCAGCUGAAGAAGAAGAACGCCAACUGAAAGAAUAUCGUGCACAAGAGAAAGAUGACCUUGAAUUCCCCGAUGAAAUAGAACUAGAACCAUCAGAGUCCGCCAUUGAAGCUUUAAAAAGAUACAGAGGAUUGAAAAACUUACACAAUUGUGUUUGGGAUGUAGACGAAUACGACCCUACUGCACCACCCGAAUGGAAACGCUUGCUGAGAAUUGGGAAUUACAAAAACACCAAGAAUAAAGUAUCGAAAGAGGCUAUCAGGGGUGCUGAAGUCGUUGCUGGAGACUUAGUGAAGGUUUACAUAAAAUUCCCAAGAGCCCUUCUCGAGAAAAUAGUCGAUCCUAAGCAAAUGGUGUUUGCGAUAUAUGGCCUCUUAAAGCAUGAGCACAAGAAUGCUCUGGUCAACUUUUCCAUACAACGUUGGGAAGAAUAUGAGGAUCCUGUGCCUUCUGAGGAGCCCUUGGUUGUACAGUACGGUAUUAGGAGGUACGUCAUUAAUCCCCUCUACUCUUCAACAUCACAUACUCCCAACAACGUCCACAAGUUUGAUAAAUUUUUGCACCAGAAUUCGCUCUCUAUUGCCACUUGCAUUGCGCCUGUUGAUUUUACCCAAUCACCUGCUCUGUUUUUCAAACAGUCCAACGCCAAAUCUAGUGGUCUUGAAUUCGUGGGCCACGGCACAUUCCUAAACGCCGAUCAUACCAGAAUAAUUAGCCAGAGAAUAAUAUUGACUGGACAUCCUUUCAGAUUUCACAAGAGAGUGGUCACCGUCCGGUAUAUGUUUUUCAGACCCGAUGAUGUUGAAUGGUUCAAGUCCAUUCCUCUCUUCACCAAGAGCGGAAGGACUGGGUUCAUCAAAGAAAGUUUGGGUACUCAUGGCUAUUUCAAAGCUUCUUUUGAUGGUAAGCUUUCAGCGCAAGAUGUUGUGGCCAUGUCUCUCUAUAAGAGGGUAUGGCCAAGACCUUCCUUUUUAUACAAUAUGAUGGAGGUGUAA